CGAGGUGCGUCUUCGCGCCCCGCGGGCUUUUGGGCCCUGCCGCUGCCCGUAGAGCCACGCCUGACCCGGAAGUAGAGGGGAGGCAGGAAGUGGGGGAACCUUUGAAGGCUCCUCAGUGAUGCGAGUGGGGAGUUUGGGGCAGGUGACACUCCCGGGAUAUGGAACCGCAAGGAUGUGCACGAGGCGCUCCUGCCCACGCUCCGAGGGAUGGACCCAGCAAGCCCGCCAUCCCUCAGAAGAACGCGUACGCGAGGCUCGUGCAAAAGCACCACAGCGGGAGGUUCCGCUCCUACCUGAACCACAUCGCUCAGAAGCUGCAGCUGGAAGAGGGGACCCUCAACGACUCGGGUUCGGACGCAGAGCCGUCCUUGAAGAGAGGCCUGGUGAGGGAGGCCCUGUCGAAAAACGGGGUGAAAGCGCCUGGGACUUUGCUGGCCAGAGCCCUGCAUCCAGGCCAGCCGGAAAAGUCUGAACGCCUGAAUGAGGAAGGUUUGAUCAAGAGGCAGAGCCGUCCAAGGGAGGCUGGCAAAGGUGACUACGAGGAGGACGUCGCGGAGGAAGAGGAUGAUGACGUCUCUCCUAACCGCCACGGUGCUGCAGCUGCCUCUGCAAGGGCAGGGCAGGCGUUGGGGGGCCACAGGACGUUGUCCACAAUGGCCUCUUUUCUGCCGAAAACCCCCAGCUCUGGAGAGAGGGGCAGAGAGGAGUAUUGGAAGAGCAAGUGCAGCGGCAGUGAUGGUCCUGCCGCCUUCGAGAGAGCAGACAGUUCCGUAUCUGCCGGACAGUUCGGCGUGGAUUUGCCCGCAGUGAGUUCCAGGAAGGCCAGUCCCUUCUCCAGCCAAAUGCAUGGUGCACACAAGCAAGGCUUGACGAGGACCAGAAACCACUCUGAAUCGGCCAGAGCCCCCCCAAAUGUGGAGAGGAGGCGGCAGCUCUCUGAAUCACAUACAGACACCAUGAGCAACUCUGACUGCAGAAUGGGCCAGCGGCAGCUGGGGACCCCCAGAGGCGGUCCCUACACCACUUGCUUGGCCCCUGGCGACAGAAAGAAUCGGAGCAAGCCGACUCGGGGGAGGAAGAAAGUAUUUGAAGCCUACAUGUCAAGGGAGGAUGUCUCAGCAGGACUGAAAAGGAAAACACUUAUCCAGGGACCCCUGAGAAUAAACCCCAAGAAAUACCACGAGGCCUUCAUUCCAUCCCCAGACAGCACCCGAGAUAUCUUCAUUGAUGGCGUCGUUGCUCGGAACAGAGCUCUGAACGGUGACAUCGUGGUGGUGACUCUGCUUCCGAAAGAUCAGUGGAAGGUAAUCAAGCCGGACGGUUGUGACAAUGAAACAACAGAAACAGCUCAAGGAUCAGAUCCUCCAGGGAGUUCCCCGGGCGCUUGUGCGCUUCGUGAUCCAGGAAAAGGCAACGUUAACAGCCCAGACGUUGUUAUAGAGGCUCAGUUUGAUGACGGAGAUGUUGAGGGCAAGCAAGAUGGCUCAAGAGAGACCAAGGAUCAGAAGCAGCUGUCGCUGGGGGCUGGAGAAAAUGGGAGGGACCUGGAGACCUGCGGCCCCCGCCAUGCGAAACAGGAAGACUCUUCCAAGCCGAACGAUCCGGACCAGUUCCUGCAGAAGACUGCCAAGGUGGUCUACAUCUUGGAGAAAAAGCAUUCCAGGGCAGCCACCGGCUUCAUCCGCCUCCUGACCGACCGCAACAGCGAGCUCUUCAAGAAGUGCGCCAUGUUCUCUCCCGUGGACCACAGAGUGCCUCGUGCGUAUGUGGCCUUGGCUGACUGCCCGCCGGACUUCAUCACCAGGUCUGAGGACUAUUCCAACACGCUGUUCAUCUGCCGUAUCGUGGACUGGAGGGAAGACAGCAACUUUGCCCUAGGGCAGUUGGCUCAAAGUCUUGGGCAGGCUGGUGAAAUUGAGCCGGAAACGGAAGGCAUCCUCACGGAAUACGGCGUGGAUUUUUCGGACUUCCAGCCAGAUGUCCUGCAGUGCCUCCCCCAGAGUCUCCCCUGGAUUAUCCCACCAGAAGAAUUUGCCAAGAGGAGAGAUUUAAGGCAAGAAUGCAUCUUCACCAUUGACCCAUCAACCGCCAGGGACCUUGACGACGCUUUGUCUUGCAAGCCGCUUCCAGAUGGUAACUUUGAAGUGGGCGUCCACAUUGCAGAUGUGAGCUACUUUGUGAAGGAGGACACGGCCCUGGAUGAAAUCGCGAGCAAGAGAGCAACGAGCGUCUACCUCGUGCAGAAGGUGAUCCCCAUGCUCCCCAAACUCCUCUGUGAGCAGCUGUGCAGUCUCAAUCCUUUGAUGGACAGACUCACCUUCUCUGUCAUAUGGAAGCUGACUCCUCAAGGCAAGAUUCUUGACGAGUGGUUUGGGCGGACUGUGAUCUGCUCCUGCGCAAAGCUCAGCUAUGACCAUGCCCAGAGCAUGAUUGAGAACCCCGAGAAGGCGUUUGCGGCAGAGGAAAUCCCCGCUAUCUCUCCCCGGCAUUCGGUAGAUGAAGUUCGCCAGGCAGUCCUCAACCUCCACCAGAUUGCCAAGCAGCUGCGUGAGCAGCGGUUCAUGGAUGGGGCUCUCCGCUUAGACCAGCUGAAACUCUCGUUUACUUUGGACAAGGAGAGCGGGAUGCCACAAGGAUGUUACAUCUAUCGGUACCGGGACAGCAACAAGCUGGUAGAAGAGUUUAUGCUGCUGGCAAACAUGGCCGUCGCCCACCAGAUGCACCGCUCCUUCCCGUCGAAGGCCUUGCUGCGCCGUCAUCCUCCGCCCCUGAGCAAGAUGCUCGAAGACCUCACGGAUUUUUGCAGCCAGAUGGGCCUGGAGAUAGACUGCAGUUCUGCCAAGGCUUUGCAUGAAAGCCUGAACAAAACCUUUGGAGCUGACAAAUAUGCCGAGGCCAGAAAGGAGGUGCUGAGCAACAUGUUCUCCCGCCCCAUGCAAAUGGCUGUGUAUUUCUGUGCCGGGACCCUGGAGGACGAGACCCUCUUCCGCCACUACGCCCUCAACGUGCCCCUCUACACCCACUUCACGUCGCCCAUCCGCCGCUACCCGGACAUCAUGGUGCACCGACUGCUCUCUGCUUCCCUGGGCGAUGGCCCUGCCCCAAGGAUGGAGGAGGCCGAUAUCCAGAAGCAGGCUGAGCACUGCAACGACAGGAAAAUGGCUUCCAAGCGGGUGCAGGAGCUCAGCGCCGAUCUCUUCUUUGCCGUCUUUGUCAAGGAGUGCGGCCCCCUGGAGUCAGAGGCCAUGGUGAUGGGCGUCCUCAAUGAAGCCUUCGACGUCCUGGUUCUGAGGUUUGGCGUCCAGAAGCGGAUCUACUGCAACGCCCUGCCACUGGUGGGCUUUCAGUUCCAGAAGCUGGGCAAGAAGCCGCAGCUGACUCUGAUGUGGGAGCCAGAGAGCUUGGAGCAGGAUGCUGUGCAACAGGUCAUUACUGUUUUCACGUUGGUGGAGGUCGUCCUGAGGUCCGACAGCGUCCCCUUGAAGUACAGUGCGGUGCUGAAGAGGCCUGGCGGCAAGGAGUGACCGGCUCCCACGUCCGGAGAUGGAUUGUGCCCAGCUGACACUGCCAAA